AUGUCUACCAAGGACUGCGGCCAUCACGAACACGAGCGCCGCCACCUCCUCCGCCACGUACUCGCCGGCAUCAUCGCCUUCAUCGUACUUAUCCUCCUAAUAAUCUUCCUAAUAUGGAUCAUCCUAAGACCCUCAAAACCUCACUUCGUGGUCCAAGACGCCACCAUCUACACCUUCAACCUCUCUUCCACAACCGAACCUUCUCUUUCUUUCAACACACUCACACUCACCAUGCAAAUCACACUCUCCGCUCAUAACCCUAACGACCGCAUCGGAAUAUACUAUCACAACCUUAACCUCUACGCCUCUUACCGUAGCCAACAAAUCUCUCUCGCCACCGCCAUUCCCGAUGCCUAUCAAGGCCACAAGGACUUCACCGUUUGGUCGCCGUUUCUCUACGGUAACGCCGUUCCCGUUUCGCCGUUUGUGUUGGGUUCUUUACAGCAGGACCAAAGUGCCGGCGCCGCUUUGGUCAACGUCAAGGUUAACGGAAGGGUUAAGUGGAAAGUUGGGACUUGGAUCUCCGGCAGGUACCAUAUUUAUGUUAACUGUCCUGUGUAUAUUAGGUUCGCCGGAGAUCGGGAUAAUGCUAUCGGAGUUGUCGCUCCGGCGGUGAAGUUUCAGCUCUUGCAAAGUUGCAGUGUUGAUGUUUAG